UUAACGAAAAAUUCACUUUUUAUCCACUGGGGCAAAUUCGACAAUUUCGAUUAUAGCUCUUUCUGUCAAAGUACAAGCUGGACAUAAUUUUAACUUUAAUUUAUCGUCAGAAAAUAGAAUAUUCAAAAUGAUGGCAGAUGAAGACAUAUCUCUCAAUGAAGACCAAAUUUUAGACAACCUAGAUGAUACCAAUGGUGAAAUGUUGAACGAGAUUGAUCCUGAAUUGGAAGCCAUAAAAGCCAGAGUCAAGGAGAUGGAAGAAGAAGCCGAAAAAUUGAAACAAAUGCAAUCCGAGGUAAACAAACAAAUGACACUUGGCUCACCCACCAGCAUUGCGCCGAUACAAUUGUCGGUCGGCGAAAAGAAGGAAAUCGAUGACAGGUCCAUUUAUGUCGGCAAUGUUGACUACGGAGCAACAGCCGAAGAACUAGAAGCCCAUUUUCACGGUUGUGGCAGCAUGAACCGAGUUACAAUUUUAUGUAAUAAGGUGGACGGACAUCCGAAGGGCUUUGCAUACAUUGAAUUUGCGUCCAAGGACUUUGUCGAAACAGCGCUAGCAAUGAAUGAGACACUAUUUCGAGGGAGACAAAUUAAGGUAAUGGCAAAACGUACAAAUCAACCGGGCUUGUCCACAACAAAUCGGUUUCCACGUGGUUUCCGCGGUCGAACAGCUCGGGGUGCAGCUAGGGGUUCAUGUUGUCACGGUAGUGCCUUUCGGGGUACAAGACGUCCAAUCCGAGGAUAUCGUGGUCGCGCCAAUUAUUAUGCUCCUUAUUAGAAAAAAAAUACUAUGCCCAUUGAACACACGCAAAAAAAAUUUGUAGAAAAAAAUAUGCCCCCAAUGCGAAAAAAGUAUUUGAACGUAUUUUGUUAAGAUUUUAUUUGUAAGCAAGCAAUUCAAAAAACAUUAUUUUGCCUUCAACGAUCACAAAAAAAAUAUUAUGUCGGAAUAAGAUUGCUGAUAAAAAAAUUCAAUAAAAAAAUAAUCAACAAAAUAAUGCGAAAAAAAUGAACUUAAAAAUAAUGAAAAAAAGAAAAACGAAAUGUUAAAACCGCUGUGCGAAAAUCUACUUAUCAACUCGAAUUAAUCCAACUUCAUUUAAAAACAACACAAUAAUGUUUUUUGAACCAAGAAAAAAAAUUUAUCCAAAAUGCAUUUAUUUAGCCCGAGAAUAAAUAAAUCCAAUAAAAAAAAAAUUAUUCUGAAAAUGAAAGCCAAAAAAAAAGAAAUUUUAAAAGAAGAAGAAAAAAAGAACAGAAAAUUCCCGGCUUCACUUAAAAAGGAACAAAAAAAAAGAAAAGAAAAACAGCAAAGACAAAAAUAUUAAACCGAAAAGAUCCUGGAAAAAAUUGAGAUCACAAAUUGAAAGAGGACAAAUCGAAAAAAAUGGACAUAAUAAAAUAUGGAAAAGAGGAUAAACAAUAAACAAUUACAAUUUACAAAACAAAAAAAAAAUUUAAUUAUAAAAAUUAAUAAAAAAAACUUGUAAUACCAAUGUCAAAUGUUUGUUUCAUUUGUUUGUUUUAUUUUCAUUUUAAUUUUUCUUUCUUUAUUUCAUGAUGUAUAAACUUAAUUCACUUUUGCUGUUCAAACUUAUCCGAAAAAAAUUCCAAAAUAACAAAGAAAAUUAAGACCAAAUCUUAUUGAGCAACAGUCACAUAGCCAACCGGCGGGUGUCGCUUCAGGCAUAUGAACACAGCGCUGUAAAACAUACGAAUAGGUUAAGUUCAGUUUACGCACAACAUUUUACAUAAAUAUUUCUUCGUUCAACCAUCCGCAACAUCACUUACACCAUCAAAACAGCGCAAAUCAUAUACACCCCCGACGAAAUCAAAUUGAAGGCACCCGGAAAUGUGUUCAACGUAUGCGAGUAGACGAAACUGUAUAGCGUGGCCGAACCCAGCGGCGAAAUGGAUUCCAUUGAAGUUGUUAGCGAA